AUGCGGAAUCAACCUAUCAAUUCAUCUUCGGUGAACACGUUCGAUGAUAUCUCUGGCUGCUCCUCGAUAAUGUGGAAUGGGUCACUCAUACUAGCAGUGAUUACGACCUGUCAUGUAUUCGGGGCUAUCGCUGUUGUCGGGGUUGAACCAACUAUAAGCUUCUUCGAUGGCAAUGAUUAUAUGAACCAGUGCAAGACAAGGUUGGAGCGUCGGAUCACCGGUCUCUCUGGCGUAAUCUACUCGCAUUCGCUCUACGGCAGAGUUCCCUACAAUGCGAGCAGGAAUUGCUUUGUGAUGCUCAUAGCCCCUAUCGGUUACCGCAUUAGGUUGAGAGUUCUGGAAUUUGACGUGAAUGGCCAAAGUUCAAACUGCGAGAAGGACACACUGCAUGUCUUCGAUCACGAGACCGUGAUUGAUCCCAGUUCUCCCCAUUUCCAAAACAGCGAUUCCAUCACUCCAGGACCUAUAAUAGGCCAAUUCUGCGGUAAGCGAACAAAUGCUAGCGAACUGAGCUUAAGCACUCUGAAUGCGCUCACACUCUGGUGGCACACUGAUCCUCUGCUCGCACAACAACAUCCAGCAAAAGGAUUCCGGCUUCAGUGGAACGCCUUCCGAGUUACAGCCAAUGUUCCAUGCUCCCCUUCUCGGGAGUUCGCGUGCGGAGGAAAUGAGUGCAUCCCAAUUCAACUGGCCUGCGAUCGCUUUGCGGAUUGUCGCGAUGAAUCAGACGUCAUCUAUACGAGACAGUUCGCAGCUAACUGUGAAAACAUUGAUCCGCUUGCGUCUGUCUCUGGCUUCCUUGUGCUGCUGCUAUCAGGAGGUGUUGUUCUCCUGCUCGGAUGUAUCUGCAUAUCAUUCUGCAUCUGCUGCCGAUGUCUCAAAACUAUUCAUCCACAAUAUAAAGGAGAAUCCAUAGAAUGCGGUGGAGGAGCGUCACCUCCCGAGCCCCCACAGUUCUAUCCGCCGUCUCCACCAAAAAUUCCGUUACCAGCAACCUCGACUGCUUUUACUCCGAGAAAAAUUCCGCAAGGAGACAACUCGAGCACAGUACAGGACGGAUUUCGUUCUAGUCGAACACCGAAUGAGUACGGUAGCCCAAUGGACAUAAAUCAGCAUGACUACACAUACGUCAGAAAUGAUGUGCAUCGCAAUUUAUUAUGACAUUAGAGUGUUCAUUUUCUACUGAAGCCUAACUAGUUUAUUUUUAUAUCAAUUCUGCCAAAAAUCUACUUGUAAUCAAGCUUUCUCUAGCUCUCCGGUGUUAGUGACAGCUGUAUGAUUCGCAUUCUGUAAGAUUGUAAUUGUCGCUCAUGCUAUGGAAGGGUAGGCUCACAUUUUGUCGACCAUACUAUUCGAAGUUGAUCUCAUUGCCAUCAUAUGCAUUGUACAUUUCCGUAAUUCGAUGUAGGAAGCGUUAAUUUCUUUCACGGGUGAAUUGAAUAAAUGUUUGCAG